UGACGUCGACAUCGUCCUAUCAUACUUGAAUGUGCUUGUCACGUGAGUGUUGCCGUAGUGACAUGUUUACGUAUGCCGCCAUGGAUACGGACUAAAUGCUAACAUGUUUUGUUGGACUAAAUGCUGCUGCAAACGCGAAAUGAGCAGUCAUGAAGUGUGUUUGCUUCUCGGAGCGACUGGUGUUGGGAAAACGCUAUUGUUGAAACGUCUACAAAAUAUCCUCUGUGUCCAGUAUGUUCACAGCUCAGUUUACAUCGAGAAUUGGAUGAGAUUCCUGUUACUCUGCCUACAGUGGGAACCAACCUGAUAGACUUGACCCUAAAGAGGAGGAAAGUGACCCUGAGGGAACUAGGAGGCUGCAUGGGCCCCAUAUGGCCCAGUUACUUCAACGAUUGCUGCUCUGUGAUUUUCAUGGUGGAUUCAGCCAACGUCACCCAGAUAGCUUCCUCUUGCAUCCAGCUGCUGUCAGUACUCUCUGCUGAGCCUCUACACGGAGUGUCGGUGCUUAUUCUCUUCAACAAGAGGGACAUUCCUUGCACGAUGAGUCUCAUAGAGAUCCAGUCCCUAUUUCGAAUGGAUGACAUCAUAGCAUCUGCUUCUCAACCCAUCACGAUAUUGGAACUCAGUGCCAGCACAGGGGAUGGACUGCAGGAGGUGUUAAAUUGGUUAGAGUCCAUAACAAUCAGGUGAUAACUUUUUUCCCCUGGUUGAAUGAAGUCCUCCUCAGAACCAAGGACUGUUUUCACCCCAAGUGACUUUUCAUUGCAGGGAUUUAAAGCAGUGGUGGGUUAAUGGUCGGAAGUGAAAUAUGAGUGGUGUAACACAUAUUGGGGAAAUCAAUGAGGGGAAAACUCCUGAGAAAGUAAAGCCAGGCAGGUCAGAACCAAAGAGUGUAUUUUCAACACUAGACUAUAUUCCAUCUGAAUCAUAUUCUUUUUUUCCCCUUAUUGAUAUGGCUUGUAUUUGGUGGGGUGGCAGAUAUAAAAAUUCAAAUACACUUGAGUGUGUGAGUGCAUCAAGUGUUAGGUUGCUUCCACUACUGAAAUAUGGAACUCAAGACAUUCCAGACUGGCCUCAACCUGCAACAGACCAAAACCAGAAGAGGUUGCUUUGUUCCUGCAUCAAAGUUUGAGUGACAAAUGUCACAGGAGCUGAAAUAAAACAAAUCUACUGGGCAAGCAUGACUGCAGGUUUUUAUUAUUAUUAUUACUUAAAUCACAUGGGUAUGAGAGUGGGCAGAAGUGAUGGCAAAUUGGUUAAGUGCACUUGUUGACAGUGUGGAAGGCUUAUUUUCCGUGUAAUAUGGAGUCACGUCAGGAAGGGCAUCCAGUGCAAAACGUGUGCCAAAUCAACAUGCAGAUUCAUCUUGCUGACCCCGAAUGAAAAGAGAGAAGCCAAAGGGCUUUACUUACACAGGUUUGAAAGAAGGCCAGUAUUGAUCCAGUUUUACAGACUGUUGUUCCAUUUGCAACUGGAAGCAGAGGACCACUGACUGUUUAGUGGUAAAUUUAAGUCCAUAUAAACUUGGACGUUGACAGUUUUUGCGAAUUUAACUACUGUAACACCAUAUUAGAAAUGAAAGCAAACUAUGACCAGACAUAGUGUCCACUGUCUGUUUAAUUUGAGAGUAGUUGCGGUCUCCCAUUUUUAAAAGUACCAACAGUAAGGGGACACGUGGCUGCUGAGCUAUUUUACUGCCAGAUAUGUCAGUAUUUCAGUCACAAUUCAGCAGAUAAAAAUAUUUGAGUUGAACUCAGGUGUUACAUAUCUCUUUGGGUUAUUUUAAAUGAAUAAUUUUGAUACAUUGAUGUCACCAAAUUGCACCUUGUGGGCCACAUCCAGCCUACAGUGACACCCACCCCCCACUCCCACCCAAUGCAAUCAUCUUUGAAUGUCUUUAAGAUAUGAUGAAACAUCCAGCUAAGCAAGGAUUAGUCUGUGUGCAAGAACACAAGUGCUUGUAUCUUUAGUUUAAUUAAAGAAUAAAUGUUAUUUAUGGUGCAGCACAGACAUCAUCUAUUGUCACCAGCUCAUCGGGACAGUGUCCUGACAGCUCCUUUCAGUGUUAAGAUGAAUUACCAGCAGGGGUUACAGUACCUAUCAAAGUGAUGAAAGUAGCGGGUGUUCUGAUCACUGGAAAUCAGAUUAGAAUUGCCAUUAACUGUUAUUUUCAUUAUCAGUUAAUAUUUCAGUAAUUUUGUGAUUAAUGUCUUUGAAACAUUAGAAAACAGUGCAAAAAAUAUAUAUUCCAGUCACUUUCCCGCAGUCCAAGCUAUGUUCAACUGUUGUUUCGUCCUCUCAACAGUCCAAAGCACAAACAUAAUCAGUUGAUAAAUAUAUCAAACAAAAGCAGCAAAACAUCAGAAUAUUUGACAUUUUUCUUUUAUAAGUGAUUGAAGUUAUUAUUAAAAUAGCUGACGUAUAUAUUUUUCCUGUCAGUUCAUUAAUCAAAUAAUCAUUUCUGUUUGAUAGCAAACACACUGAUAUCAAUAAGAAUGAGAAAAGAGCAAAAUCAAGUUAAAACAUAAAAAUAAAGGAACAGAACUAUCCUGCGUGUGAAUUUUUGUGUGUGUACACGUGGCCCUGCAAUGGACUGGCGGGCUGUCCAGGGUGUGCCCUCCCUCCCUAAAGACCACUGGGAUCAGCUCCAGCUGCCCCUAGACACUUAAAUGGAAUAAGUGGGUAUAGAAAUGAAUGAACUCUAUCCUUACCUGAGCCAUACAUUUGAUGAAACUGCUUCACAAGCAGUGAACAAAACUCAGUGUACAUUUUAUAAUGUCUUGCUGAUCAUGAAUUCUGAAGCGGUUAUCAUCCUUCCAAACCAUUUAA